GUGAUACUCUUCAGUAGUCAAGAUGUCUUCAGCACCUGAGCCUCCAGCAGUUAAGAAGGAACCACCAAAAGAGAGGAACUUUGAAAGUCCAGGCCUCCGAGGGACACAUACAACAACCUUAUUUCGGGCUGUGAAUCCAGAGCUCUUCAUUAAACCUAACAAACCUGUAAUGGCUUUUGGAUUGAUAGCCCUUUCACUUUGUGUGGCUUAUAUUGGUUAUCUGCAUGCAACACAAGAGAACAAAAAGGACCUCUAUGAAGCUAUUGAUAGUGAAGGGCAUCAUUACAUGAGGAGAAAAACAUCUAAAUGGGAUUAAAGUCCUGGUUCCCUCAGAUGGAGCAUUAUUACAGGCUCUGAAAUCUUCAAAUGAGACUUUCUGAAGAGUGUGUAGUUAUGUUAAUUAUGUUUCUUGUUCCAUAAUCUGUUAGUAAGAGAGAAUAUAAAGUUGGGAUCAGUCCACUGUAGUAAAUUUAGUCUGGAUACAGCUGCAGCUAUUAUCUCUUCCUUUUCCCACAAAAGAAUUUCUCAAUAUGUCUUCUGUGAAAAUGCCAUAAUGUGGGGAGACCUUUUUGUUAAAUUUUAUGUAACAAAGUACCUAGUACUAUCAAAUUUGUGUGGAGUUUCUAAUGUUUUUAAAGUGAACUGUACCUUUGCAGCUAUGUUUUGCUAUUUAAUAGAGAAGAUACCCCUUCAGCUAUUAAAAUCAUGAUUAAAUAAUGGAAUAAAACAAAGUGAUUGGAA